GAGUACGCAUAAUAGCGCUGAAAAGAGUUCAAAAAUAGACGCAUAGGCCAGAAAAGCUUUUGCUUAUUUCUUGUGUUGUAUUUAAUUAUAUUGAAGAUUGCCCGCUAAGUCAGUUCGGUGAGUAACCUCUGGCAUUUAACAUCCAAAUUAAUGUGCUUUUUACUAUCAAGAAAGUUUCGUUAUCCACCUGGUGGCUGUCGGCUAAAAAAUAUAAAAAAUUUUUGUGAUUAGCCUGUGAUACAUUCUUUUAAAAGAUCGUAGAAAAAAUAUUUAGGUUUUUAUACUUACAAGAAGUUAGUUUUUAUUAGCUUGGAGGAUUUUUAAAUCAAAGUUAGUUUUUGACAUCAAUUCCAUCAAUUUUGACAUCACAAAAUUACAUCUUUUCCAUCAACUUUGACAUCACUAAUUGUGUGUUAAAAUUUCCACUCGCAGUUAACAUACCCUUCAAUUUUCGAAAGACAUCAAAAGGUGACCAUGACAAAAAUGCGAUCAUCAUCCCGGUCCUGCAACUCGUCGGCAACUUCCAUUAACAGAGACCCGCGGGAAAAAAUAAAGGACUGUUGCCGGAAGCUAGUAGCCUUCAUGUGCACCCAAGUGGGAGUAGGAGGACUGGUAGUUGGGUACGCGAUAGUUGGCGCCUUAGGAUUUAUUACCCUCGAGACGCAGUCCGAGUACCCCCACGUCGAGGAAAUGCAGCAUCUGCGAAAGAACUUCAGCGAGAAACUUUGGACCGCGACAGCAGCUGAUAGGAACGUCAACGUCCUCAACAAAACGGCCUUUAAUCGUCAAACCGACGGCUUACUCAGCGAAUUCCAGAUCGAGGUCGUCAAAGCUGUCAAAAAAGGCUACAAUGGAAAGACCGUCAAGGAUGUUUGGUCGCUUCCUGCCGCUCUGAUGUUCUGCUUGUCUGUCUUCACCAUGAUUGGCUACGGGAACAUUGUUCCUAGAACCAUGUGGGGAAAAGUCGCUACUGUCGUCUACGCCAUCUUUGGGAUUCCGCUGUAUGUUCUGUAUUUUUUGAACAUGGGGAAAGUUCUUGCCCAGACGUUCAGGUGGCUCUACAGAUGGUUCCACGUUUGCACAGGUCGGAAGAAACCCGGUCAAAGGAUCAUAGUGCCCUCUACCGCUUGUCUCUGGGUUAUAUUCGGCUACAUUCUGGUCGGCACCAUCAUGUUCGCCCAGUGGGAGGAGUGGGACUACUUGGACAGCGCUUAUUUCUGCGUAACGUCGCUCUGCAAAAUAGGAAUGGGCGAUUUUGUCCCAGGCGCGAAUAUUGUUGAGGCGAAAAGCGGCAGCCAUCUUAAAUUGGUCAUCAACUUCGUGUACCUGCUUCUGGGCCUGGGAUUGGUCGCCAUGUGCUACAACCUUAUGCGCGAGGAUGUUCGGGUCAAAGCGAGGGAACUGAGGGAAGAAAUCAUCGAAGCUUUUGAAGACUUCAAGUACCGGAUGGUUCAUUGCUGUGGUGUAAAUUCUACGUGAUUUUAGAAAAUGAUACCGUUUAUUUUUGUUUUUUAUGUUUUGUAAUUUUCGGGAAUAAAAAGUAGUUUUAAAAAAGUU